UUGGCUGUGCAGCAUUUCCAAUUAUUAUUAAAUCAUCGUCAAAAGCCGACAGACAACAAAUCAUGGUACAAACGAAGAAGUAUCGUGGUGUCAGACAACGCCAUUGGGGCUCUUGGGUGUCAGAGAUUCGCCACCCGCUUCUGAAGCGGAGGGUCUGGCUGGGGACGUUCGAGACGGCGGAGGAGGCGGCGAGGGCCUACGACGAGGCCGCCAUACUGAUGAGCGGCCGCAACGCGAAGACCAAUUUCCCCAUUCCGGCCGCUCACGAAGACGGCGCGGUGGGAAGCGAAAUUUCUCCGACGCCGUCUUCGGCGGGUAAUUUUGCGAGCAGCUCGCGCUCGGCCUCGCUGUCGUCGAUCCUGAGCGCGAAGCUUCGGAAAUGCUGCAAGUCGCCGUCGCCAUCGCUGACGUGCCUGCGGCUCGACACGGAGAAUUCUCACAUCGGGGUGUGGCAGAAGCGGGCCGGGUCGAACUCGAGCUGGGUCAUGACGGUCGAGCUCGGGAAGAAGAACAAGAAGACCGCCGCCGAUUUAGAAAAUCCGGCGGCGGAGGAGGGGGGUAAGGAGGCGGCGGCGGGGGGGAGGGAUGAUGGGAUCAAUGAGGAGGAGAGGAUGGCGCUGCAAAUGAUUGAGGAGCUUCUCAACAGGAAUUGAUUAUUGAUCGAUCAUUCAGAAUUUCAAACAGUAUGCUUGCAGAUUCAUUCCAGAUCUUUUAAUUGAUUUUAAUUUUUAAUAGUGAUUUUGUGAUUUUUCGGUAUAAAUUAAUAUUUCAAGGUGUGGGGAAUUGGGAAAUUGAUAAGGAAAAAAAGGGUGCAAGAGUAUGUCCAAUUUGAGUAGAGUGUUUCAUUUGAUUUGUGAAGGUGGGAUAUAAAUGCUAGCUAGCUAUAGGGUAUUCAAGUAUUUCAUAUGGGUGAUUUAGUUUACAACUACUAUAUCAUGUUAUGUACAUUGAUUCCAUUGGGUGUUUUUACUUAGGCUUGAGAUAAUUAACGUCGUGUCUUGUCUAUAUGAAUUUGUGUUUCUGAUUUGUACACAUUUGAUUUUGAUAAUAUUAUUAUUUGCGGGUGAUUUUAUAGCUA